GUGGAGUCAUAUUGAAGGAAUCUUUUCCAAGCAAUACAUGACUACAUUGCACAUCUGCUACCACAGCUGCUGCAGGUCCCAUUUCAACAUCCUUAGUUUGCGGACGCGUUUCAUUGAAGCAAGAAGAACUAAAGCUCGGAUUUAUCAAUUUGUAUGGAGAUGGACUGCAAUCACGGAAGUACUUUUCAUUUCUUAUGAAGGCUCUCUGGAUAACGUACUGUUGUACUUUCUUGACGAUGACAAGUCUGGAAGGACGUUAACAGAGCUGUGUUGAUAGCUCAAGAGACACAUGCAGUUAUGUUCAAAUGAUUCUCCAUCCAAGCAAUAUCAUGCACUGUUUCACAUUCCUGUGGAUUUAAUAGAACACAUGGGAAAGAGUGAAGGAAUGUAACCGAAGAUGAACUGCAACGGAGAAGCAACAGAUAGCAAGGGAGUAGGAACUUGGAAAAGACAAACAGUGUUUCAGAUUAGACUUAGAAAAUAGCUUAAAAAAGGACAAUAAAAAUAAACACAUCUGGUUUUUGAAUCAUGGCUGAAAAAUGCACAGGACGGUCUGUAGUUUUAUUCUCACUCUUGGCCGUUGUAGUUUCCUUCUCAGGAAUUACUGACGUUUUAGGCAAAAAUAAUAUUGAUGAGGAGUUGGAGAAAAGCACAUUUCAAGGAGACGGAAGCACCAACGGGCAUCCGGAAAACUGGCCUGCGAAUCUUCACCCUAACCUGUAUUUUCACCAAGUGGACAUACGUUUACUGCAGCAGAGAUCUGCCACGACGCACAGACAUAUUUUUAAAGUUAUCCGGCUUGCUGUUGGGACUAUGCUCGCCAAUACUGCUCUCUAUCUACCCCCGGUUAAGCAUGAGGAAUUUUCCAGCAAAUGGAAUGAAAUUUAUGGCAACAAUCUCCCCUCUCUCGCUCUGUACUGUUUGCUCAGCCCCAAAGAUACAGCUGCCCAUCAAUUCUUAAUGAGAUACAUGGACCAGAUGGCAGUGUACCCUAACUGGACGGUGACCAGCGCUCCCAACGACGAGGUUCCCAUGGCUCACUCCCUCACAGGAUUUGCCACAGCCUAUGACUUCAUCUACCCUCUCCUGGACACAUCGCGAAGGGCACGCUACAUGAAGAAAAUACGUGCCGCCACAGAGGAGCUGUACGAACUCUCCAAACACAGGGGUUGGGGGAAGCAGUUUUUACAGAAUCAUCAGACUACCAACAUCUUAGCCAUCCUGACCGGCGCCCUCGUGGUGGGAGCACACAGUGACCCGGAGACAAUGAUGUGGAAGCAGGUGGCCGUUAACUACAUGGAAAAGACCAUGUUCCUCCUCAGUCACGUAGUGGAUGGCUCGCUAGACGAGGGUGUGGCCUAUGGGAGCUACACCGCAAAGUCCAUCACUCAGUACGUUUUCCUGGCGCGUCGCCACUUCGACAUCGACAACACCCAGAACAACUGGUUGCGGGCGCACUUCUGGUUCUACCACUCCACACUUCUGCCAGGCUUCCAGAGGACAGUGGGCAUCGCUGACUCCAACUACAACUGGUUCUAUGGACCGGAGAGUCAGCUGGUGUUCCUCGAUGCAUUUGUGCUCCGGGACGGCACCGGAAACUGGCUGGCCCAGCAGAUCCGCAAACAUCGUCCCAAAGAUGGCCCCAUGGAGCAGUCAGCAGCCCAGCGCUGGGCCACCUUACACACUGAGUUCCUGUGGUAUGAUAGUGAGCUCUCCAAGCAACCACCAGCCAGGUUUGGCAAAGCAGUACUGCACAUGUUCUCAAACUGGGGUGUGGUGACUUACGGGGCUGGUUUAUCAUAUGGUCAAGGCAACACAUUUGUCUCCUUCAAAUCGGGGAAGCUGGGCGGUAGGGCGGUGUAUGAUAUCGUCCAUUCAAAGCCCUACUCCUGGUUGGAGGGCUGGAGCAAUUUCAAUCCGGGCCAUGAGCACCCAGACCAGAACUCCUUCACCUUUGCCCUUAAUGGACAGGUAUUUGUUUCAGAGGCACUGUACGGCCCCAAAUACAGCUACCUCAACAAUGUCUUGACGUUCGCCCCGUCUCCCACAAGCCAGUGCAAUCAGCCCUGGGAGGGCCAGCUUGGAGAGUGCGGCAAGUGGCUGCGGUGGGCGGAGCCUGAGGUCGGCAACACAGCCGGUGAGGUCAUUAUAGCUGCCAAUCAUGGGGAUUCUCUGUUCGUUAGUGGAGAAGCGGCAUCGGCCUACUCCUCUGUGAUGGGGCUGAAGAGCGUAUACCGUGCCCUUGUCUUGCUCAACUCACAGACUCUGCUGGUGUUUGACCAUGUGGAAAAAAGCAAGGAGUCUCCGUUGAGUACUCUGAGUGCUUUCUUUCACAACUUGGACAUUGAUUUUAAAUAUGUCCCUCACAGGGCUUUAGACAGGUACAAUGGGGCACUGAUGGACGUUUGGGAUGCUCACUACCAAAUGUUUUGGUUUGACAGUCAGGGGAAUAGUCCAGUGGCGAGAAUACAGGAGGCAGAGCAGGCUGCUGAGUUUAAGAAACGAUGGACCCAGUUUGUCAACGUGACCUUUCCAAUGGAGGGCACGGUCACCAGAGUGGCCUAUUUGAUGCACAGUCCCAAUGUCAAAAUCUCCAACUGCAGAUUCAUCGACAAUAGUAAAAAUGGAGUACGAAUCUCUAUUGUCGUCAACGGCACAGAAUCCAUUGUGUCCAUCGUAACAAACUACAAUGACAUUGGCGCCAGAUAUAGCUACUUGGGCUUUGGGGGAUAUGCAAAGAUGCAAAGCAGGCAUCAGAUAAUCCACUUCGGUCUGGGAGUUCAAACGAUGACUGAACAAAACACUGUGGAUCCAGUCUAUGACUUUGGGUUUAUGGUUAAUAUAGUGGGAGGGCUGACACUGUGUCUCGCCAUUGGGUUUUUAAUCCUGCAACGCACGUUUUAUUUCUGCUUCCGCAAGAUCAUGCGCUAUACUUUAACGUUUGUUCUCCUGCUGUGGGUCGUUGAGUUUCUGUUUGUUUCCAAUAGCUGUGAUUGGCUUGUCUGUGUCCAACCAGUGUCCGAUCUGCCCCCAAACCCUCUCCCCACAGUCGUCGUUACAUCUCUGCCAGGGUCUGGGGCUGAAGUUCUCAAGACCCUUUUCUAUAACAGCUCUGACUUUGUUUAUCUCCAAGUCCCCACAGAGCACCUAGUCAUCCCGGACACUGAGUUCAACUUUGACCCCCUGGUGGAUGCCUGCGUGUGGUCCAGACUAGAUGCGGAAAGAGGUCACUACAAGGCCAUCCAGGGCUGGUUCCAUUCCUUGGUCUAUAACCCUAGACUUCACCUGCAGAACAUUCAGUUGCACAACGAGGGCAGCUGGAAUGAGAUUGAGGUGGAGCUUUCUGGCAAGAGGAGGAAGCCAAUUCGUAGGCAGUCAGGGUCAAGGGGGAGUUCAGAUAGAGAUGGGGAGUAUGUUCGGGAGCUAAGGCGGCACAUGGAGAAGUACCCUAAUGCCCGCCCUGUCCUCAGCCUGAGCAGCGGGAGCUGGACCCUGAAACUCCCGUUCUUCCGAGAGGUGGUCGGUCACUCAUUUCGGGCGUUGCACGUGGUGCGAGAUCCUCGCGCUUGGAUUUACCUUAUGCUCUACAACAGCGAGCCAAGCCUCUAUUCUCGCAAGAAUGUGCAAAAACAUGUCGCCGCAAUUUUUAAGCAAGAGAGGAACGGCGGGAGAAGCAAGUGUACACUAGGGUUCACCCAGGAAUUCUUGACAUUGCACAGCGUCCUCUCUGAUCCAGAGAUGGAGCCGGUGCUGCUACUGGCCCAUCUGUGGCUGGCCCACACAACCACGGCACUCCAGGUCAACGGCGACCUCACCGCCUCUUACCUCCAUGUGAAAUUUGAGGACAUUGUGCAAUAUCCUGAGGAGACAGCAGGAAAGAUACACACAUUUCUCGGGGUUCCCGUGGCCCCAGCUGCCCUCAACCAGCUCAUGUUCGCCACCUCCACCAACCUGUACAACCUGGUGUACGAGGGAGACAUAUCGCCGGUCAGCAUCAAUGUGUGGAGAGAAAAAAUGCCCAUCCACGAGAUCAGAAUGAUAGAGGACACAUGCUUAAAGGUUAUGGAGAGGCUUGGGUACUCAAGGUACUUAAGUUAAUAGCUGCUGUAUGAUGUCCUACGAUGGACACCGUACUUUUGGUUUGUUGACAUGUAUACUUUGUUGUUCUAUAUUUUUGCACAUUCCACUAUUAUGACACUUUUAAUUGUCCAGUCCUUGUUUAUAGACUGGGAUGUAUAAAAUAGAACAGAGUGAUGUGCUCCUUAACACUUUUUUAAAAGUGUAUGAUUUGUCUGACUAACGUGAUGUGUUUUCAUCCAAACAGUUUUGAAGUUUGUUGGCUGGUUAUUUAGCCACGCCCAGAAUCUACUGGCGAGCAUUUUUGGAGCAUGUAGCAAUGCUAGGGGGACACGGAUUGUUGAUUCAACAUUAAACAAAUCAGCAACCAUAGCUAGUGAAAUCUCUGCAACCCUAAACAAAGAGUUGCAGUUUGUUUUAGAAUGGGUGGCUAGUACUAAACUGGUCCUGAACAUCUCUAAAACUAAAAGCAUUGUAUUUGGUACAAAUAAUUUAGAGAUGCUCUGAUGUUUUGACACCACACUCCACAAAGCAAAUCCUGCAGGCUCUAGUUUUAUAUUGUCUUGAUUUUUGGUCCUGCAAGUGCUGCAAAUAAGGACCUAAAAAAACUGCAGCUGGCCCAGAACAGAGCGACACAUCUUGCUCUUCACUGUAAUCAGAGGGCUGAUAUCAAUAUUUUGCAUGCCAGAUAGAGGAGAGACUGACUGCAUCGCUUCUUUAAAAAAAUUUUUUUUAAAGAAACAUUUAUUUGCUGAAAAUUCUAAAUUGUUUGAAUAGUGAACUUACACACAGCACUGACACACACACUUACCCCACCAGACAUGACUCCAGGGGUCUUUUCACAGUCCCCAAAUCCAGAAUGAAUAAAAGGAAACAUACAUUUUUAUAUAGAACUCCCUUCCAUCUCAAAUAGCUCAAGUGAACAGCAAACCUGGCUUGAAUCCCCCCCCUCCCCCCCCAGAUAAAGCAACACCUCACAGAACGCCUCUCCCUUAUUCGACCUAAUUAUGUUGUGUGUAUGUACUGAUAGAUGCUACUGACUGUACAUUAAAAUUAUCAACAUUGAAACGAUAAAUGUAGGCCGAGAAUAGUAGGUCUCUCUUGAUAUUUCUUUUCAGUAUUGAGUCAGUGCAGAAUCUUUUAGUUAUAUUUUUUACUUGUAAAUGUAUGUAGUCCUGUCUUUUCAGCUGUUCUUAUCUAUUCAUGUUCUGUAUCAUGUUUCAUGUUUUGUGUGGGACCCCAGGAAAAGUAGCUGCUGCUAUCACAACAACUAAUGGGGAUCCUUAUAAAAUACCAAGAAAAACACAAACAAUUGUAAUAGUGGUGCAUUCAGUCGAUAAUACGUUUAAACAUAUAUAUUUUUGGGGGUGAAAUAUCCCUUUAAAGUAAUUGGAAUACUGGAUUGGAUUUAACAGUGUUAUUUACAUAUUUUGCUACAGUAUAUCAUAAAUCUUUUCUAAACUAUUGGUCGAUCACUUGAUUUCAAACACCACUCUUAUUUAUAGUAGAUUUUUUUUCAGUGGUAAGGGGUAAAACACUGCUUGUAAAUUCAGUGCAGUACUUUUAUCAGAGCAUUGUGGGAUACAACAAACCAGCAGGCUUCUCUUACUGAUAGUAAAUGCAUUUUGCGGAAGAAAAACAUUUUCUCAACCAGGAAGUGAAUACAGUUAUAGCAAACUCUUUGAAAUAUGCAAAAUAUGCAAUCGUGUAAAUUGAGAAAUGAUUUACAUUCACUGCAAAGAAAGAGCCUUGCCUCAAAUUGCUUUAGAAAAGACAGCAUAUAUUUGUUUUACUGUUGUGUAAGUCAUGUCCGAAACACUGCACUACACAUAGGACAUUAAAUAUCCUUUAAACGUUAUAGCCCUAGAAAAGAGCAACAUGUCCAUCUAGUGUACACACUAUGAAUUGCUAUAUGUCAAAUCAAAUAAAUCAUCAAAUUUUAUUUGUCACAUACACAUGAUUAGCAGAUGUUAAUGCGAGUGUAGCGAAAUGCUUGUACAAAGCUCCAUGUGUCACAUUUAAAUAAGAACACAUUUUCAGUCAUUCUUCUCCAGAGGAACUUACAGGAGCAAGUAGAUUUAAGGGCCUUGCUCAAGGGCACAUUGAUAGAUUUUCCACCAAAUCGUCUCGGGGAUUAAAACCAGCCACUCCUGAUUACUAGCCCAACGCUCUUAAACGCUAGUCUACAUGCCACCUACUUAAAAGGCUCAAUUGUUUUGUAAAUGUUGCUGAAGGAUGCGAUGAUUUGAUAUUAUCAGUGAAUGAGCAAUACAAUGGAAACUAAUAGAGCAAAUUUAAUUUCUUAAUAACACUUCUAUAUUUGUAUUGACACCAUGAGAGCAACAUUUCUUAAAAAAGAAAACAUGAUUUGAGGCUAUACAGCAUUUGCUAACGAAGUCUCUUGAAUGCACCAAGUUUAGCAAAUCUCCUGAAUAUGCUUUAUACAUUAUUAUCCAUUUGCUAACGAAGUCUCUUGAAUGCACCAAGUUUAGCAAAUCUCCUGAAUAUGCUUUAUACAUUAUUAUCCAUUUGCUAACGAAGUCUCUUGAAUGCACCAAGUUUAGCAAAUCUCCUGAAUAUGCUUUAUACAUUAUUAUCCAUUUGCUAACGAAGUCUCUUGAAUGCACCAAGUUUAGCAAAUCUCCUGAAUAUGCUUUAUACAUUAUUAUCCAUUUGCUAACGAAGUCUCUUGAAUGCACCAAGUUUAGCAAAUCUCCUGAAUAUGCUUUAUACAUUAUUAUCCAUUUGCUAACGAAGUCUCUUGAAUGCACCAAGUUUAGCAAAUCUCCUGAAUAUGCUUUAUACAUUAUUAUCCAUUUGCUAACGAAGUCUCUUGAAUGCACCAAGUUUAGCAAAUCUCCUGAAUAUGCUUUAUACAUUAUUAUCCAUUUCUAAAUGCUUAUUCACAAACA